ACCUAGGGGAAAAAGUGAAAUUUAAUAAAAGCUUUAAAAAAAAAAAAAAGUUAUUGCUCACGAAUCUCUUGAAUUUAUAAACACAUCAAAAGGGAGCAAGCCACACUUCAAAACCCCCUUGGUAUUUUUUUUUUUUUUAAUAAGAGUGUAAGUAUUUUAAACAUGGUGACCUGAAUAAAUUCAGCAUUCUUCCUGUCUACAUUUUCUCAAUAAUUUUAGUUAGAAAAGAGAUUCUUCAUAAUUUCCUGCCCUAAACUCUUUCAUUUUGUUGCUGUGAACUGAUAACCAUCUCUUUUUAUCUCCCACGUAGCUGGUUUUCUGUGUAGGUGUAGUAAUUUAUCUGCCUAGAUUAUCAGAGCAUUUCCAUGCCUUCCUAUAUAAAUCUCGGCUGCCUCACAGGAAUGUUGAGUCUGAAUUAGUUAAUAGUAAAAUACGUUGAGAUUAUCAGAUAAAAGGCAUGGUAGCCAGGCUAAAUAUUAUCAAUAAUAAUAUUUUAAAAGCAUCUGGUCAGCUACAUUUGUAGUAGCUGUCUUGAACAGACCUGCUGCCUUAAGAGUAUUUUUUUAACAGAGAGCUGUAUAAUAAAAAUUAAUUUAAUUGCUCAUCAGGUUGUUUUUCAGAAUGAAAUUUUUAUGGUAGCAUGUUAAUUUGGCUUAAUGCAUCUGUUGGAAGCUCUGUUUAGGGACUGUUCCAAUUUGUAAAAAUCCCUGCUAGCAUCGUUGUGCAUGUUUUGUGGGUAUUUUAGUAACAAAAUUGAUCAAAGUCUCUACAUCAUCCCACUGUGCUCCAUUAAAAUAUCAAUAUCAUAAAAAAAAAGAGCUCCUAAAAAGUGCCUAUUGACAGCACUGGAAACUGAUAUAAUUUUUGUUUUGUUUUAUUUAUUUAUUUUCAUACAUCUGGUACAGCUUAGCCAGGAGUGAGUUCAAUCUUUCAGUCAAUGUAACUACAAGUUAGUGUAAAUUGACUGUUCUAAACAUGAGGGUAGUUGUGUCUCCAUGUCAAUGCAAUCCUUGACCUAUCUACUGCGUCUGUCAACAAGGGUCCAACUUAUGGUGGUGGUUUCUGUGAUAUAGACAUUCCCUAGAGACUGGUUUCAAAACACCCAUUCAUUUCACUUAUACUACUAAACUAUUUUGAGACAGUAAUUACUUUGGAUCACUACUAACCUAUAUUGAAUUCAAACUGGAGAUUUUGAGACUCCUGCUGCCCUGAUCUGACACAAUGUACUGUAAUUGGUUAUUUCUAAAAGUAAAAUAAACAACAAAAUCCUAUACUUAAAUUUCCCAUAUUCACUAGAUUGAAUGCAUUGUUCCUUAAAGGGCCAAUUUCUCUCAAUAUUUGGUGUUUUUCCAAAAAUUCCAGUUCAUGGAGUCAUUUCCUUACAGGAGAAUCUCAGUUUUGAUAUAUAAAUUACUAGCCCUUAUGGUUGCAGAGCAAAGCUUGAAAACCUGAAUUCUAAAUGCUGAAAAAUCAGAAGGCAAAUAAAUAGAACCCCAAAUGUAUUAUUUUAUGGUUAAAUCCCAUGAUUUGUUUUGAGGCAACCUCAUUUGGUGGUUGGGAGUUUAUAGGGGAGGAGGAGGCAGGAAGAAAGGGGUUUAUAUUAAAUCCUCGACUCCUUCACUUACAAAUUUUAAAACAGUGUUAGCUGUUAAGUAUUGGAGAGUCAUGUAGUAUUUUGGUUCUUUAAAGCGAAGUGGCAGAGGGAGUUCAAAUCAGCUAACAAGUCUUACUCUCAGAACUGUAUGAAUGUUACCAUGAUAUUUGGUGCUGACGGCAUAGCCAUUUUGACUUGUAUUUGAUAAGAAAUAGAAACAUCAACUUGCUAAAUGGAGUAGGGCAAAACAGUGGAACAGGGAAAGAGAGGUUGGAUUCCAUAACUGGCAGCAGAUUCCUCUAUAAUUUUUUGUACUGGUGUUGAUUUAAAUUCUUUAAGUCAUAACAGAAACAUUAAUUGUCUGAGCCUGUGUCAGAUAUCCCUGGUGAAAACAUAGUUUGAAAUACCUGUAAAUAAAUAUUUAAAUGGGGUAUUUAAAAUUUAAAUGAAGGGGGAGAGAAAAAAAGUCAAGUCUCAAUACGAAUAUUUGGAAGAAUAGUUUAUCGUUUAUUGUUAGGGCCUUUUCCAAAUGACAUGGCAAAGUCUAUUUUAAAUCUAAUUUAAUUAGAUUAAUUUUAGUUGUUUACUCCCAUUUAUUAAUAAGCUCAAGUGAAACAUUUUUCCUUUAAUCUCCUGUUCUGUGCAAAUCUAAAAUGGACUACCAAGAACUCUAAGGAGUUUAUACAUACUAGCUAUUUUGGAAAAUGUUAUGACUGUCUCUACCUUUUUGUGUGACUUCCUGUAUCUAACUGCUUUUAUACCUUUACAAGUGAAAAAGAAAUAAGUUAGCGAGUGAGGUUUGCAAAAGUUUUGUUAACCAUGAAUUUUUGUUGUUCAUCCUUGUUUUAAUUAUAAUUUCCCUUUGAAGCUAUGAUGGCAUGAGCAAUAUGUUUCCGAUAGGUUAUGAUUUAUUGAGAAAUCUAUUCAUUAGCAAUCUUUGGGAUUUUUCCAGCAAGAAUUUCCAUAAUAUAUUAAAAAAAAGCACUUCUAAACUAUAUUGCAGUUCAUCUGAACUUGAAUACAUUAUUACUGUAUAUUUUUACUAUACAGAUUCUCUUAUGAAGACUGCAAGCUAUUGCUAUAUAGCCUUACAGAAAUAUAGUUGUGCACUGGGCUUUAUACUGGCCAGAUUUCCUAUUUUCCUGUAUUUCUAAGAGAGAGAUCUCUUCUUGUGGUGAAGGUGUUAAAGUAAUGGAUAGUUUCACAAUAUUUUGUUCUGUGACAUUCUAUUUUCAUAUCUAUUAGUAUAUACUAUAUACAUUUUCCUAUUGUCUGUUUUAUUUCUGUUUAGCAGCAACACUUGUCUUCCUGUGAAAAGGCAAAUUAGUAAUGGUGGUUUUGGACCUGAAUGCAAGACUGUGGGUCAGAAUAUUGCAGCUGACACAUCACAACAAUUUCUAAAUGUAACAGUAGCUUAGUGAAUAUGCUUAGCAUAGCUCUGAUUAAAUGUUUGUGUGCUGAAACUAUAAUAAAAAGAAAGUAAUGAUAGAAAUUGGAGAGGGAAAGAAUGUAUUAGGUCAUCGUGUCCAGCCCUCUGCCAAUGAAGGAUUGAUCUUGGUGCUUAUGAAAUGAUGUGUUUAUUUAAUGCACCCUCUAUUGUGUUAAACAUUGUAUUUGGGUAGUUUAAAGUUCAUAUAAUGUACUGGCUCAGUUCUGGGCCCUUUAUUUAAAAAAAAGAAAAAAAAGAAAAAAAAAGAAUCCAUUUAAUGUGAAUAUUUAGAUGCUUAAAUACAUCAGAAAUCCACACUACAUAACUAAACCUUACAUUAAUUUAAGAAAACAGCUGCAACUUAAAUAUUGUACUUAAAUAGAGACAGCUAAUAAGACUAGGGUGUUUAUUUCAAAAUAGUAUGCAAGUAGCGGACACAAUAAAACUCCGUGGUUUUGGCUUGAGAACUCUUUUUGUCUGAACUCUAGAUGCUAGAAUAAAACUGUUAUAUGGUCGGAAAGUAAUAAUAGUAAUUGUUUGGUUUUAAUAAAACUAAUAUGUAUGCUUUGUAUGUUUAGCUUUCUGAAAAAUACAGCUUACUGCUAAAAUAGAUCUUCAGUGUUUCAGCUUGAAAGAGAAACUUCACAAUUCCUCCAGAACAGCUUUAAGAAAUAAAAUAUACUGCCAUCAUGACUUCCAAGAUAUUAUAUUAAUUUUUAUGAAAUUGUGUUUGCUUUGUGCCAUAUCCAGAGUUGUCAUUACAACCUGUCACAUGGCUUUAUUCCAUGAUGCUCUUCAGUUGUUCCAGUUGUCUUUUCUUUGUACUAUAUUUGGUAAGAGCACAGGGAUGGAUGCUGUGUUUGUCUUAGAUAAUGUGCAAUUUGGCCUGAGGCACUGAGUCUCUCUGACCUGCUGAAGUACUGUAGCUUUAUGUCUAGGAGGAUCAAGAGAACAGUUUUUAAAAAAAUCAUUAUAAAACGGGACUAAUUUUCAGAACUACAACAUCUGGUAAUGUUUGAUGUUAAAUAAAACCAUCAGAUAUUGGAACUGUCUUCCCCUUUAGAACAGGGUUUUACAGAACUAUGCUUUGUUGCCAGAAGUGCAUUCUACCUUUUGAGCUUCUCUUUCUUGUUCCGAAAGGUAAGAAAGGAGAAUAAACUGUAAGAAAAUGCUGGGAUCAGAACGUGGUGUGGUGGAAGAAUGGCUAUCAGAAUUCAAGGCAUUACCUGAAAAUCAAAUCUCCAGUUAUGCAUCAACAUUGCACCGGAAAAAAUCACUGGUGCCAGCCCUUUAUAAGGUUAUUCAGGACCCAAAUAAUGAGCUCCUGGAACCUGUCUGCCACCAGCUCUUUGAACUCUACCGUAGUUCUGAAGUUCGACUCAAGAGGUUCACGCUGCAGUUCCUGCCAGAAUUGAUCUGGGUUUAUCUGCGUCUUACAGCCAGCAGGGACAGACAGAGUAACGGUUGCAUUGAAGCACUGCUUCUUGGGAUUUACAAUUUGGAAAUUGCUGACAAAGAUGGGAACAACAAAGUUUUAUCUUUCACCAUCCCUUCUUUAUCUAAGCCCUCAAUAUACCAUGAGCCUUCUACGAUUGGAUCCAUGGCUUUGACUGAGGGAGCCCUAUGUCAACAUGACCUCAUCAGGGUGGUUUAUAGUGAUCUUCAUCCUCAGAGAGAAACCUUCACUGCACAGAACAGGUUUGAGGUGCUCGGCUUUCUCAUGCUGUGCUACAACUCUGCUAUUGUCUACAUGCCUGCCUCCUCCUAUCAGUCACUUUGCAGGAUGGGUUCCAGGCUUUGCGUGAGUGGAUUUCCACGACAGCAUGAGAAACGCUGGAAAGAAUUCUGUAACAGAGUGGUACUAGAUCCUGACUUCAUGGUGCAGCUGCUCACAGGUGUCUAUUAUGCCAUAUAUAAUGGACAGUGGGGUCUUGGCCAGGAGGUAUUGGAUGACAUAAUUUACAGAGCACAGCUUGAACUUUACUCUCAGCCACUGCUGGUUGCGAAUGCCAUGAAGAACUCAUUGCCCUUUGAUGCCCCUGAUGUGUCGCAAGAAGGCCAGAAGGUGCUGAAGGUGGAGGUUACUCCUACAGUGCCCAGGAUCUCUCGGACUGCCAUUACGACAGCUUCCAUCCGCCGCCAUCGAUGGAGGAGAGAAGAUGGCUUUGACUUCUCAAACGAGGCUGACUCAAGCAUUCCUGGCUCCCCGAUCCAACACGGCUCCACAGACCUAGGGAUCAAACGUGAGCAAGAGGGGGAAGUGCUGGUGCGCAGGACCCCUGAGCAUGGCUCACCGGAGCCCACCUUGGCAGCAGCCACAACAGAGGAUGCUGAGGGUAUAAAUGGAAGAGAGGAGUCUGUGAACCUCAAUGAUGCUGACGAAGGAUUUUCAUCAGGAGCUUCCCUUAGUAGCCAGCCAGUUGGGACCAAGCCUCUAUCAUCCACAUCCCAGAGAGGCAGUUUAAGGAAAACAGCAAGUGGGCGUUCAGCUAAGGAUAAAGAAACAUCAUCUGCCGCUAAAUCCAAUGAGAGCCCUCGAGAUUCAGUAGCUUGGAAGCAGUACCUGCACCAACCAACUGACCUUACUGCGGAAACAAUUGAGAUGACACCUACAAAGAAACACCUCAGCCUGCCUGCUGGGCAGGUGGUACCAAAAGCCAGUAGCUUGAGCCUGAUCCGGACCGCCAGUGCUUCCUCCAGUAAAUCAUUUGACUAUGUGAAUGGUGGUCAAGCAGCUUCCACUGUUGGGGUUGGCACUGAGGGUGUUACUAAUCUAGCAGCUGGCAAUUCCAAUCGGUUUUCAACGAUCAGUCUACAGGAGGACCGGCUAGGCCAAACUGGGGAAGGUAAAGAUCUCCUUACCCCAGGGGCUCCCCUUACAAAGCAGUCUCGAUCCCCAAGUUUCAAUAUGCAGCUGAUAUCCCAGGUGUAGCUUUGACUCCCCUCUUCCUCUUUAACCAACAGACAGUUCAUCCUUGGGCAAGAACAAGAACCUUCAUCCCACAGUGUGAAAAUACUGACCAUUGUGAUCUCAUUUGAUUCAGUUUAGAUAUCAUCCUGUAUUUUGUAUGAAACAGCAAUAAAUCUCCCCUCACUCCCAGUCCCCACCCUUGUGAACAUGGUUGUGAAGCAGUAUAAAAUGUACUGUAUGCCUUUUCCCCACCUUCCUUUCUCCUUGGGUGACGUGCAAUCCAUCGUAGGCUGAUCAGUCCCAUUUCAACACUGUGAGACUGGUGAUAUUGGAGGAAAUGGUGAAUGUGAUCCCUAUGAGAUGAUGCUUUGGCUUUGUUAAGAAAUAGAAACGGGUUAGUUUUAUCAGUCUACAGUACUGCAAAGACUACUGGAUCAUGAUUUUUCUUAGAACCAGGAGUGCCUCAGAGAUUCUAAUGUGACUUUGGACCUCUCUGAGCUUGUGCAAUCAGUUCUGGGGGAGAGGAAUGUCAUUGCUCCUGGCUGACUAAUGCACUUUUCCAUUAAAAAUGAGAAUUGUUCUUUUCCUUCCCCACCCUCACCUCCACUCUCCUACUCCUGAAACUCUUCCUGUUUAGCAGCGGAGACAUGCCUAUUACCAAGUCGUUGCCCCUCAGAUAAAGAGAGGGCUGUAAGUAGAGAACGUAGGUCACAGUGUACUACUUAUGGCGUUGUAGCCAUAUUUAUGUUAUAUGUCUUCCUCGCCGUCCGCCCCCCCCCCCGGACACAGGGUCAUUCCGCUUAUAGACUGGAAUUUGGAAAGGCCAGACCUGUUGAAAUAAUUCACAAGUGGGAAGGAGACGCACACUUUCCCAGAAACAAUUAACUACUAGCUCUGCUUCUAUUUGCGUGAGGUGAUGAUCACUGAAUUGAACAAGUGCAUCUUCAGGUAAACAGAGGGAUUCUCAGGCUGCAUUCUAUGGUAUCAAAGCUGUUAGGAAGCCCCUCCUGCUUUCUAGGUGUUCCUAGUUCAGUCACAGCGUAGAUUAAGAAAACUGUAGUCCAGACAUAAUCCUCCAAGGAGCUGCAUCAGGGACUGAGAUAAUGGUUUGCUGGAAACACUGAAGCGUCAAUGUGCAACACUUUCUAGAAACAAUGUUGGUAUAACGGGGUACUCCAGUAUUUUCUCCCAGAAGGACCACACUUCACUGCCUUUGUAUUUACAAUCCAUUGCAUUUUGUAAAUAUUAUCUGAUCGUUUUGCUGAUGGAGGCAGGCAAUCUCCUAGAAAACUCUGAUCUCAUGCCAUUGAGCCAAGUCCUGAAUCUAAGUGAUUGAUGGAUGGGCAGCAGUUGGUACCUAUGCUGGAGAUCACUACUUAAAAGUUCAUUUCUGAUUAGAAAAGGGAAUGUUCAUCAUAUUUUAGCCUGUCUCUUUCUUUGGAUAACUAAGGAGAAAAGAGGAAGUCUCAGCCUUGUUUCUCUACUCCGUUGUGACCUGGAAUUUUACAGGCCAUUAACCCAUGGAACAGAUGAGAGUUAAUUUUUUUCAUUAUGUAGGCACUUUGGUUUUAUAAUUUUCACUGUGAAAAAAUAUACACAAAUGGCUACCAAUAACAGGCUAUCUUUUGAUUUAUAAAGACUGUAUGAAAUUCAGAACUAAAAUGGCAUUACAUUGCUAGUGGUUAUUUAAUGGGUUGGUUGUUUAAAUGUUAUUUCGAGCUUUUGAUUCUUCUUCUCUUUUUAACACCCUCAUUUCAAGUAGCAUUUUUUCCAAAGUGACUUUCAAGCUUAUAGUUUAAACAGUUAAAGGAAGACAUUUUUAUUAUUGAAUGAGUUACUUGGUCACUUAAUCUUCAUAUUUCACAUUCAAAGAGGAAUGAUAGCAUCAAACAGCAUUCAGAAUUAUGCAAAAAUCUCAAACACUUUAAACACAAACAUUCAGUUAAGAAAAAGGAAACAACACUUUAUUGUCUCUUUAAAAACUGCAGCUAAGUUGCAAGGACUGUCAGGGAUGCAUAAAUUGACAGAACAAAGACAAAAUCUGGAGUAGCCAAGAGGUAAUGCCCUGGAGUAAAGUUGACCUAAAAAUAUGUACUGUAAAAAAUAGUGAUGCUUCACAACAUAGCAAGAGAUGGCUACACUUGUCAGUUUGUUUUCUAAAGUACUGGCAAUGGAGACACUUAAUAUGAUGGCUGUGGUUGUGCAGAAGCUUGUCUGAUGUUUUUAAAGAGGAGUAGAGAUGUAUUUGGAACAGAUUAAACCAAAAAAAAAAAAAAAAGGAAUAUUAAUAAAGAUAAAGAUAAUUUCAAAUUGAUAAGGACCAAAUUAUUCCUUUAUAUUAGUUCUUGAGGUGGAAAUGUAAGUCAGAAGUUCAGGCUAGUUUUGGAAGAAUCCCAAUAUAUUUUUUCAAGUGUUUAUUAUGUAUGUAUAUAUAUAUUAUAUAUAGGUGUACACAAAAAUAUAAAAAGUGAUGUUUGGUAGCUCUGCUAUCGAUAUUCUGUAUUUUCCAUUGUUAGUUUUCACCUAAGGAAUUUAUAACUCUUCUAAAAAAUUUUGCGUCAGGCUAAAACUUAGCAAACAAGUUUCCAUAUCUUGAUCCAUUUCUUACACAAAAUGCACUUAAACCAGUUCAGCAAAAUGAAAUAUUCCUGUGAUUUCAAAUGGGGAGUCAAAUAUGGGUGCUCAAAUUUGAAUUAAGUUUUAGUCACUUUUUUAAAACCAGUUUUGAAGGUGUUUAGUCCUUAUUUUGGUGGAGUGCUUUGUUAUAUUUUAUAAAUCUGUUAUACGUAUUCGUUAACCUGCUUUUGUGUAUAUGCACACUACUUUCUCUAUUAGAUGCUUUUUGAUAUAGUUCAAAUUUUGUCCCUAUUAACAUCCUAGUUGUUCCACACUAUGGACUGACAUGAUACAUAAUAACUAGUCCAAAGGAUCCUUUGAGUGCUAUGUGUCAGACGUUCGCUGAUCAACCUCUCUGUGUUCUGGAAUGACUCAUCCAUUAACAUAAAUGAAGCAGUCAUUAUAAUGUGUCAAGUCAGUGCUAUAUAUCAUUAAUGCUUUUAGAUAUGUCCAUCAAUCCAUGUCAAGGUAGUUGUGAAAUAUGAUGUACUGAGCGUCAGUGAACUUCAAAGUACUGUGGCAUUAACUGAAAAGGAAAUGCUUGGGAUACAAACAAAGAAUAAUCAGAGUUGACUUUGGAGGGUAUUGUAUGCUACUGUUAAACUAAGUACAAAACUAUUAAAAUAAUAGGUUUCUGAUAACUGUGACAAAGAUUUAGGCUUAAGUUCUUUAUCCUUACCUCACUCUAUUCUCUCUCCAUAAUUAUAAUGCAUUUGGUAUGUAACAUCAUGCACUAGUUUUAGACCCCUGCAAUAGUUGAGUACAGUUGCAGUAUACAAGAGAAGGUCAGAAUGUAGAAUACGACAUUCCUCCUCAUCUGAGAUAGUAUAUAUGCACAACUCUGAGGUGGGGAACUAUGGGUACUGUAGCUAGGUGUAGAUACAUAUUUAAGUAAGGAUAAAUGUAUUAUCCCUUGCUUUUAGCAUAACUGUGUACAAUAAUAUGCUGGCAUUUGUAACUUGUUUUUUUCUGGGGCUUCAUAAUUUAAGGAAAUAUAAAAUAACUGGCUUGCUAAUUAAAUCUUUGAUCAGCUUUUAAGCUAUUUUAAGUGGUAUUUUGGUUGAGUUGUGAGCCAUUUUUCAUGCAGGCAGCAAGAUGACAAGUAAUAGCUGUUUAAACGAAUGUUGCAAGUGAAGAUUAAAUACUGUACUAUCCAUCCAUUUAAUUUAGUUUUCAGAAUAUUGAGACUUUGUACCUUAUUGUACAUCUCAAAUACAGAUUGGAAUACCCUUUGUGAUGUGACCCUGAAAAAGCUUUUUUAGCUGUGUGAAGCCUGUCCUUCCAUUCUGUAUCAGUGAACAUUUUAUCACACCAAUUAUUUAUUAUAUCAGAUAUUUGUAUGGUUUGCAAAUAUAAUAGUCUCAAAUACAUAAAUCUGACAUUUCCAAACAAAUUCUUAUAUUUCUCUUACUAAGCUUUUAAAGUAAUUAAAAUCACCUGCUUUAACAUUGGAAUAGUGAAAAUAUUGUUUUCUGACAAAAUAUUUUAUUUGCACUACUUUUGUGAAUAGUGGAAUGUACUGGGGCAGAGCUUUUUCUCACCAUGUGAGGUUUGUGUGUGGGUAAGUACAUACAUUUGUCAUAUGUUGACUAUCAGUUGCCUCAGUUGUGUGUAUUGUAUAUAAAUGUAAACAUAUUAGAAAAUUAAGGGGGUAAGAUCUACUACUAAAUAGUGGCAAAUACAAAGUGGGGUGCUUUGCUUUUUGAAUAUCUAGUAAUUAAUUUUAAAGCUUAGUUCAAGGGAAAAAAUGUCAAAAUAAUGAAAAAAGGUUCACAAAUAUAUUUUGAAGAUUAAUUUUGGAACAGAUUAUUCUACACUGAGGCCAUUUUUAAAUCAACAGUUUAAACUUCUUUGUCCUUCCAGAUAAGCCAGUUGCUAUCUGCUUUAAGAUUUAAGGCAUUUUAAUUUUCUUAAACCUGGAAACAAUUCAGACAAAUGGAUUGAUAAAUAAUUUCAGAUUGAUUUUUUUAAAAUCAAAAAUAAAAAACUCUUGGAAAUCAAAACAAUCUGAAGAAAGAAAUGAACAAAAUGACUUUUCAAUCAAAGAAAAUAAUUUUGUAAUUAAGUUGUACAAAAUAUUGUCCCCCUAAACUGUGGAAAAAAUUGAUAAAUAUAAUAUGAGCUAACCUAUUAUUUAUUAUGCACUAUACAAACAGAACAAAAAGACAGUCUUGAUAUUUUAAAUAUUAAAUCAUACAAACCCUAAAUUGUUGCAAUCUAGCAUUGCCUAAGUCUAAGACAUGUUACUGUAAUAUGUUAAACUUACUAUCAAGUGCUUUAGGUAUAUCUAUUGUAUCCAUUGGCAUUGUGAGAAUAGUUCAUGCGUGGACAAUGAACAUGUAUUUUUAUUUCUCGAGUCAGGAAUGAUUGUAGAACUGAAGGGGCAAAGCCAGAAGUAACUUGUGCCAGUCCAUUCCAAACAUGUAAAAUAAAAAGGGCAAAUUCACUAUAGCAUACAUGCACUGAGUAUUCAGCUUAAACCAGACCAUACAAUAUUUGAUAUUGUUUGGUAUUUUAAACUUAGUGUUUGUUUCUAGGACUUGGGCCUUACUGAAAAUUCCCUUGUUUCUCCUCAUUUUUUCCUUAUGGCAUUUGGAUAAUCAAGGUUGUGCAUUGCACAAAAGUUUUAUUUAGAAAUUUUCUAUGGCUGAAGUAUAAAUGAACAUAUAAACCCUUCUUUCAAAAUUGUCAUAAUAGAUCAGCAGAGAGCCCAGUGUAUAUACCUAUUACAUUUUGAUGGAAGAUAAUGGAGAGGAGUGGGGGAAACUGAUCUGUCACUGUUAUGUCAAAACAAAACACCCCAAGUGAGCGUGAGAAUAAGAUUUUGCAAGGCUGGCAUACAUAUGUUCAUAUGACCAUUGCUAAUAUUUUUAAUAUGGCUUUUUAAAAUCCUACCUUAUUAAGCCCAGCUUGCAAAGCAUAAAACAGGAAGAAAGGAAAUAGCUGUAGCCACUUAAAAUAAUGAGUAAAUUUUACCUGGGGGUUGGCUAGGGUCAGUAUCUGCGAUAAGAAUAAGUUGUUUAUUUUGUAGUUCUCCCUAGAAGUCUAAUACGGAAAACCUCAGAUACAAUCUGGACGAGAAAUGAACUUUAUUAAUGGACAAUCUAUCCCAAAUCAGACAGCUUAAUUCUAGAUUUAACUAAAUUAGAUGCAAACUGAUGUUUCUGUUUCAAGAUUUAGUGUCAUCCCUUUUGAACAGAAAAACAAAUUCCUUUUAUCUUUCCUAUAUGCAUCAGAGAGUUUACCAAAAGAGACCAUUAAGGGACCAAAUGUAAUUAAAAUGGGGUCCAUCCUUCACUAAAUUGUCCCUUCUAAUGUAAAGGAUUGCUUUUCUAUUCCUGUGACGAAACAUGGAAGGAAACAGUUGUACAGUUAUUUUGAGAUCCUGGACUGCAUUUUGAGCUAGGUCUUUGCCAACUAAUUAUUUUGUCAUGAAUUCAUAUUACAGGCUUACAAGCAGUGCGUGAAGUGUGAGCGAAUAGAGCAGAAGACCCCUGUAUUUUGACUGAACAUUUCUGUCAAACGAAGUUUUGAAAAAAUCGAAUUUCCAAACAAAUUAAUCAGCUCUAGAAAAACCAAGUUAAUUACUGAAAUGCCUUCAAAUGAGCAAAUAGUUAUAUCAAGUCUGUAACACAGAUAACUAAUAGUUUAGAUGUACCCUCCAAUAAGACUCCUUUAUGGUGCUUUGUCACUGUAUCUUUAUUUCAGGUGUAGGACAAUUGAUCCUGCUCUUUUCUAGCACUGAAUAGGAAAUUUAACAGGUUGAUUGUAGUUUCUCUAAGUAAAUUACAUUUUUUCUCCUUGACAUUAUAGGACUUAAAAGUGACAGAAAAUAAGCUACUGAAACUUUUCCCUCCAGUUCAGACCAUUCAUUAGUCUUGCAUAUUUUUUUAUGAAAAAUGUUACUAGCAAAAAGUACAUGGCUUCUAAUGUGCAGUCAAUGCGAGUUAGCAAUCACUCAGGAUAAAUUACUUGUCUUUGCAAAGUAUCCAUUGGUUUGCUAGUGGUCAAAAUGUUUGUGUGUUCAAAUAUGACUUGGAAACACUACAUUUUACUGUUUUCUUGCAGAAAAGUGCAUACUUUUGGGCAAGGGCGUUACUAGUUGGUUAUUUAUGGAAUGAAACCAUGUAAAAAAGUAAAUAACCUUAAGAGUCAUUUAACUAGAAACAUUUUUCCAUAUCAAGGACACCAGGCAAAAGUUAGUAAAGAUUUUGAAUAAUUAGAUUAUCUUUUUGGACUUACUAUGGUAGCUUUUAUUUGCUAUAAGUAAACUGGGGUACCCCAUGCUGUGUUUUUUAAAUUUGUAAUAAAUUCCUCUACUUUACAAUGAAUCUUUUGAGUCUUACUGUUCGUGUAACAAUACAGAAUUUGCAGUCAGUUUGACUAGCAAAAUGAAACAAUCUGCAAGGAUUGAGAUAGUAUUUUCUUACUGUUUCUGUCAUACAAGGUUUAUUUCUCUGAACUAAGGUUUCUGAAGGAUUUUUACUAUUUUGGCAUUAUGUAAUCUUAUCACUGUCACAAAAGGAGUAUAGACAGCAAAUAACCUACUUUCUGUGGACAAAUCUGUUUGGCAAAAGGGUUUCAAUUGUGUAGGAGACGCCCUUUUUUCACCAGUGUAACCCUGCAUGUUGGUAUGCACUCACAAACAUUCAGGAUAUAGUGCUGGUGAAAAACUAAACAGAAUGGGUAUGUAGUAAAUGCAGUCUCUGUUGCAUGAUGUCCUUUAACCUGGAACCAGUGAAAAUCUUCAUUCUUACAGAGCUGAAGAUGACACAUAUUGAAGAUCAUGUUAUCAGUGCAUGUAAGCCAUUAUCUUAACUGUCUUACUGAAACUGGUUAAUGCUGUUGAUUGUUGUUGAAAUGUGAAAUGUAGUUACUGUUGACCUUGUAAAUAUUUGCCAGAGAUUAAAAAAAAAAAGAAUAUUUUAAAUCACUGUAAAUAGAGAUGUAUAAAAUGGAAAACAGUCUGCAAUGCAGAAUAUAUAUAUAUAUACAAUAUUAAAUAAAUAUUGUGGUGUUUCUGGAUGAAUAUGUA